ACGGGAGGGUCCAAGAUGGCGGCCGUGGAAACUUGCGGCACCGGCGCCGGGGGUACUGGGUUUAUGGCGGCGGCAACGAGCAAGAACAACGUGACCGGUUUCCAGAGGAAGGGUCCUAGAGCCGGGGGUACCGACAGCAGUGGCUCUCGUCUGGUGUCCAUCGCGGGCACACGACCGUCGGUGCGGAAUGGGCAGCUGCUGGUAUCAACCGGGCUUCCAGCCCUGGACCAGCUCUUAGGUGGAGGCUUAGCUGUUGGAACAGUUCUUCUGAUCGAAGAGGAUAAAUAUAAUAUUUAUUCACCUUUGCUCUUCAAGUAUUUCCUGGCAGAGGGAAUCAUCAGCAGGCAUACUUUGUUGGUCGCCUCUGCUAAAGAAGACCCUGCUGACAUUUUACAGGAACUUCCUGCACCAUUUCUUGAUGAUAAUUGUAAAAAAGAAUUUGAUGAGGACACAUGUAAUCAUAAAACACCAGAACCUAAUAUUGAGAUGAAAAUAGCUUGGCGUUACCAGUUAUUACCCAAGAUGGAGGCUGGACCAGUAUCAUCUUCAAGAUUUGGUCACUAUUAUGAUGUUUCAAAAAGAAUACCUCAAGAACUACUUGAGGCUUCAAAAUGGCAUGGAUUUUUUCUUCCAGAAAAAUUAUCUUUGUCUCUUAAAGUAGAACACUGUUCUCUGACCCAUGGCUACCUAAAGCUGCUUAAUUUCAUUCAGAGCAUCAUUUAUGAGGAAGGAUUUGAUGGAUCCAAUCCCCAGAAAAAACAGAAAAACAUUUUAAGAAUAGGAAUUCAGAAUCUUGGCUCACCUUUGUGGGGAGAUGACAUUUGCUGUACAGAAAACUGCAACAAUAGUCACAGUCUUACCAAGUUCCUCUAUGUUCUUCGUGGUCUUCUGCGAACCUCCCUUUCAGCCUGUGUCAUUACGGUGCCAUCACAUCUUAUCCAGAAUAAAGCAGUUAUUGCCCGUGUUACAAAUUUGUCAGAUACAGUAGUUGGACUGGAAUCAUUUAUCGGUUCUGAGAAAGAAACCAACCCCUUAUAUAAGGAUUAUCAUGGUUUGAUUCAUAUUCGGCAGAUUCCUCGGCUUAAUAACUUGACUUGUGAUGUAUCAGAUGUGAAAGACUUAGGUUUCAAAUUAAAAAGGAAGCAAUUCACCAUUGAGGUAAGAGAGAAUUCUUAUAUUUUUGUUCACAGUCUUGAGGUAAAUAGUAUCUUUUUUUUAACUUUAAUUAAAUUCUUAAAACAUUGUUUCAUGCUCAUCAUUUUUAAGUUCUUUUGGUGUAACAGAAUGCUGUUUUUUAGACUUCUAUUUUUGUUUUUUAUUUUAAUGAUAUAUCAUUAGAGUAUAGCAGAAAUGAUCUUGAUUUAAAUAUCUAUUAAAAGUAAACUCCAACCUUACAUAAUAAGUAUGAUAUGCUGAUUUGAGGCUUUCAAAAGCGUAUUUAAUUAAAUGUUAAUGAGCUGUGCUUACUUGUGUGUGGAAUGUGUAUGCUAUCCACAAUUGUGUGUGGGUAAGAAGGGGAUCCUUAUCUAUAGUCUAAAAGCAUUUCUCCUUACUAUUAGUGAAACUGCCUUUAACUUUCUGUGUUGAAUUAAAUAAAGUAUAAUUUGGACUAAUGUCUUUAAGUAAAUUUGUACAAAAUUUAAAGUCUUUUUUGGUGACCUUUAUGUAAGCAAUAGUAACAAAGUAGUAGUACAAAAGAUUUAUUUCAACUUAAUCUUGCUAAAGACCAGAUGAACAUGGAACUAUUAAACAAUUAGAGCUGAUGUAUUUAUUAACGAAGUAAAUGCUCAGAGAGAGAUGGCUUUUGGGUGAUGUGAUAGUUAUCAGUAUAGUCUGUGCAAUUUUUUUUAACAAAGACAUGAAACAGCCAAGCAGCCUUGACAAACCAUUUUGUUUAAUCUCUUUUCAAAUGAAAAGCUCUUAAGCAGGCCACUUGUCUUAACUGCUUGAAACCAUAAAAAGAGAGAAUUGCCACCAAUAAAUUAGCAUAUUUUUAACUUCAUCACCAAAUGAUGGUCAAUGUGGCUUGGCACUGCUUUGGUGUUUGGGACUUCACCCUUAAGUGACCAUUUUGGCCCUUUUUUGACCCUCUGCCCUCUUUAGCUAGCCACUUGAUAAGGUAACUUAAUGGUUCUCUCUUUUUUCCUCUUUUCCUUCACAUUUGCAAGUAGCACCAACCUAUAAAUCAUUGUAAGGGCCCUAUCCAGUGACAAAUUAAUGUGCCCUCCUCCUAAUUAAUGGUCAUCAAUGUCCUUAAUUAUCUAAUCCUAUUGAGAGCAGUUAAUAGUUAAUCAGGCAGCCAGUUCUUCAAGCAGGUCAUCUCUGCAUGAGUGUUAGAAGUUUCUCUUCUGGGGAUACUCCCUUUAAAAGCCACUUAAAGCCAAAAGAACAAGUGUAGAAAUAGUGAUUCUUGAGCUAAUUUGCUCUAGUUCUCAAAAGAAACCAUUGAAUUGGAACUCAACACUGUAAUUGUUCAAACGUCAUUUCACUUUUUCAGACAGAACAUUGAGCAUUUUGCCAUAAUAUUGCUAAAAAUCUUUAAAGGGAUAAAGUUGUUGUGUUAUGUUCCAAGGAAGAAAUGUCUCACCAUUUCCUUUUAAAUUGAACUUAUAUUUUUAAUGAAUAAUGUAAGUUUUUUUCUCUAUGUGGCACCUUUCUCCCAAGGAUAUAAUUCUGACAAUAAGGUCUAAGGAUAUCAUUUGUAUUCCAUACAAACUAAGCAAAGAGGUUCCCCAAUUAAAAAUUAUAUAUAUAUAUAUAUAUAUAUAUACAUAUAUACAUACAUAUAUAUAUAUAUAUAUAUAUAAAACCUAUAGAAGAAAGUAGUGUGAAUCAUGUUUAUGAUGUCUCUCUCAUUUGGAGUUGGAGUGGAGGGGAGAAAUAAAGGACUUACAUAAUGUCAAGUGGGACCUCCUUUGAAUAACUUCAGGUUCUAAUAGUGACUACACUUUACCAUUGGAGCUGAUGAAAGAUCUUUUGUUAACCACGCGGGUUUUUGUUCCGUUUUCUCUAUUCUUCCUCCCACUAUGCUAAACUAUGAGAACCCUUAUAAUGUGGUCACUCUGUGGUUUAGAAGCAAUAUUUUAAAACAAGGCACAGAUAUACAGUUAUUUUUUUAAAAAGUUCAUAUUCAAUAGAAUCUGUCAAAACAUUGCAUUGCCUUUACCUUUUGGCUUAUAACGUAAUCAAUGGAGUUGUUUUGUUUUGUUUUAAAUAGAAACGUAGGUGAAACACAUUCUAAAUAACCUAUUUACUUAUGCCAUAGUAUUCAGUUUGGUAAUUCGGAAAUAUAAAAUUUAAGGGAUCAAACAGCCUAAGAAAAGUGCAUAUAGGUGUGAUUAUAAGGGAAUGAAAUCAUGUGGUUCACCUAAGAUUUACUAUUUUAAAUAUAACAUUAUAAAAUGUGUGUCUAGACAGAUAGCAAGUCUUUGGUGAUAAAAUAUAGAAACUGAAACAAGAGUAGAAAUAAUUAGCUCAAGGAUGCUGUUACCGAGGGCAGGGGGAGGGAAAAUCAUCUAUCAAGUGCCAGUGUUUUAAUAUGCACAGCAAAGAAAUGUUUUUGAAAAUUGGUCUGAUAUUUAAAAAAAAAAAACCUUGUACUAGUCUGUAAAGUCUGAGGCUAAAAUAUGUCAGGCACUGAAUCUGAGUCUUGCUUUCAGAAGAGAAAAGUAGUUUAGAAGGUAAAGCAGAAAUAACUUUUCUGACUCCAUGCUGGUAAAUUUGUUACAUGUUGGAAUGUACUUAGUCACAUGGUCAGCUAAGUGGGCGUGGUUGGAUUCAAGGGGCAAUUUGGAGUGUAGCAUGAUAUCUUUGGUUUCCGUACUUCUCUACAUUAAUUUUCAACAGCCUUCCCACUUUUUUAAUAGGAAACAGAAACAUGACUAUAUGUUUACUAUAUCUAGAGGUAGAGAGGAGGGGGAGGGAUGGUUAACUUGCCUGUCAUUCACAAUUAUGUCACUAAAUUAAAAUAAUGGAAGCAUAAAUGUCUGGCAUUGGAACAUUAAGUCCUAACAUCAUAGACUACAUACAGUCCAAUAUACCAUUUCUGAUAAUGAUGCCUCCCACAAAUAUUGGUUGCUACUUCAAGUAGUUUUCAUUUCUACAUUUAAUGCAGUUAGCAAAAUAAAUCAAAGUUGAACAUAGAUAUCUGGUAUGUGGAUGGAGUCAUUUACCAAAAGUAAACCCAAAUUAACAUUUUUAACAACAGAAAUUUAAUUUUCUACAUGUUUACAUUUUAACAUAUUUGUUAUAUUAUCAUCCACAUAUUUACACUUUAAUUCCUAAGUGACAUAGACAUACAGUAAUGUCACAUAGGUUUUACAGAAUCUCCAGAAGUUGGUUUAAUACUUACUAUACUCCAUAUAUUUCACAUGUCAUACUGAGCCUAUCAAAAGUGCAAACCACCUUAAGGGGAGCACAGUUUUGAAGCUCUGUCUAAUCCUAUUUCUUCCCACUUUGGAAUCUUAAUUAGAAGAGAUAAGAAAAAAAAUCAUUUAACUAAAUUAUUGUCUUGAAUCUGUAGCAAAGGUAUAAUCCGCAAUUGGGCCAAUUAGUGAACCCCAUAGUUAGCUAUGCUGCUGAGAACAAUUUGAUUAGAUCUGACACCAUCCUAGUUCCCACUGUUGUUUUGCCAGGUAUGAUGGUCAGACUUCAAAGAGCUUGAGGCAUCAGCAGGGCAAGGUUUGGAGGCCAGCUUAGGUCCGGUUGUUAAUCUCUCUGCUAAAACCACAGCAGCUCUCACACAAAACAAGCUUACACGACACAAUCAUGCGGUAUUAAAGUUAGGGUUGAGUCAUGCCAAUUUGCCUUUGAUUUUUUGAUGAUUGACCAAAGAUGGCUACAUGACUAGACACAUGCUAAAAGUGUACUGAUUAGGUAAAUUCCCAAAAUAUUUGAAGUAUUUUUUAACUUCCUAUAUAAAUGUUGUGAAAGCUAAUUCCCUUUGAUCAAAC